AUGCCAACAGCCAGCAAAGGUGUCUUGGUACGAUGCGAUCCAUCGAUUCGGGCCUUGAUUCUUCAAAUCGACUCCACAAGCAGAGGCAUCGUACUACAAGAGCUCGACAAUUCGCAUUUGAUGAUCAAAGGUGACAUGGUGCAAUUUGUGAAGAACGAGCUCAAUAGAUUGUUGUUGAAAAAUAUAUACGAGCCUGCGGACGGCGAGAAGCAGCCCUAA